AUGGCGCACCCGUCUUACGACAUCUCUGAGAUCAUGGGCAGAGUGGCAGACAAGGUGGCAGCUAUGGAGCCAACGUCACCUGAGGUGAUCCGGGCCGUCACGGCUUGCCACGCCUUGCGCUGUGGACGAGGGAUUUCCAGGCAUGAGUACCGAAAGAGCUUUCCGACCACUCAGAUCAAGCAAUUCUGGAGUCACAGCUGGCAAGGUGGCUGGCGAAGUAAGAUCACAACGUUGCUUUUCCUCCAUAAUCACAUACCAGCCGUGAUUUGCUCCAGCUUGGGAGCUCUUGUGGUUGCAAGCCUUUUCGCAGCCAAGCUUCUCCCGGGCCCUGAGUGGGACAAAGAGCUGUGGAUUUAUCCCCGUGGCUUUUGGGCGAUGCUGGUGGGGCCUGUGAUAUACUUAUUGGUUCUCUUGCUUUGGCAACCACAGCAGUCGGUUUUCCUUGACAUCAUGUGCAUUGACCAAGAGGAUCCACGCCAAAAGGCAAGCGGAAUGUUGAGCAUGGGGGCCUUCCUGAAGUGUUCCAACUCACUGUUGGUUUUGUGGGAUCCCUCGUACACGCGUCGCUUGUGGUGCAUCUUUGAAUUAGCCGCCUUCCUGCACACCCGCCCGACGGGCAAGAAGUUCAAGCUCUUGGUGCGGCCGCUGAUUUUGGGACCCUGCUCAGUUCUCCUGACGCUGACCAUGGUGGUGGUCGUCAUUGCCAUUGGCUGGGUUCCACAACGAGACGGCCUGGCAGGAUCAGAGGCGCUGUGGGGCGGUCAAGUCUUGGUUCUGUUCAUCGGCUUGUGGGCCAUGAUUUCCGUGUCUCGCCGGUACUUCCGAGCUGUGGAGCAGUUGCGAAACGAGUUAUCCCAUUUCUCUUUGGAAGAGACCGAGUGCUUUUGUUGCCAGAGAAACCAUGUGGAUCGUUCUGGGAAUCCGAUCCAGAUAUGUGAUCGGAUGGUUUUACUGCAAUGUAUCCGUACCUGGUUUGGCACAUUAGAAGUCUUUGAGCAGAUGGUGCGAAGAGAGGUCCUGAAAUGCCUUUUGGAAGAGCUUUCAUCGCAGUUCUUCACAUACCGGCAUUGCAUUACUGCCACCAUUCCCUUGCUGUGGUCGCAUCUAGACAUGGCAGGGGCCAUGCUGCACUACCUUGAUCAAUGGCCGGGCAGAACCUGGCGAUCUGCCCUGGAUGUGGCCAUCCUUCGCGGUGCUGGUGCCGGCGGUGCCGGACCGCAGUUCGUCCCAUUGUUCUUGACUGUGCCCCGCUUGGCGCUGGGAGUGAGCGGCGACUCCGGCGACUUGGACGGCACAGCGUUGGUCGGUCCGUUGGGGAUGUGCUGGAUCUACAGGGACGAGCCCGUCGGGUCUGGCGAAUCGACGAGCGAGCUCGACAGAGGAUGUCCUGAGACGUGUUAUGUCACCCUGUUGAAGCUCCUCAACAACAUCGUGGAACAUCCCUCCGAGGCGAAGUUCCGGCACCUGAAGACCAGCAACGCCGCGCUGAAAGCCAAGGUCUUCGAUGUCCCAGGCGCCAAGGACUUCCUGGUCGCCUGCGGCUUCGUGGAGGACGGCGACGGAUUGGAUUGCCCCAGUGGCGUCGAUGUGACGCCGGUGAGGGAUCGCUUAAAGAAGCACGCGGACGACGCGAAAAUGAAUGAGCUUCGCAGGGAACGUGAUGCCAAGAUUGCGGAGGAAAAGGCCAAGUCAAAGAAAGAUCCCUUCACCUGUCACAAAGAGCUGGGCACUACGGAGGAAGAACGGGAAGCCAUUCGAAAGAAGUUGGAGCGCGAUCGCCUGGAGUUGGAAGCGGAGCUGGCCCACCGGGGGGCCCACGCAAGCGUCCAAGGCCACGGACCUCAAGUUCGGAGCGCACGAGGCGGACACCAGUUGUUUCAAGAAGGGUGGCGGCUGAGCCUAGAUGGCUGGCUCGAGGCCAGCAAUCUGAGGUGGAGGUCUUGA